AUGGCAAGUCGUUUAGCAAUGUUAGCGCUCUUGCUGGCUUGUGUUGUUUGGGGAGCUUGGCUAAACUACGUUGCAACUGCCCGCGUCGAAGGUGAGGCCGGUUUACAGAUUUAGCUAUUUUCUUUUUCACGAUUUUUCUUCGUCAACAGCAGCUAUAACCUUUUUUUUUGUGUCUUUAGCAGCGAAGAUCAAGAUUUGCCAUUAUUUCAGCUAUUAUUUACGCAAAAGACCUUGUAAGGUCGCAAUUUGUCAAGAAAGCUUAAUUCAUCGCUUCAACUCUAGGAGAAUUUUGUCCAGCGCGCCGACGACUGAACCACCACCUGAACCGUUAGCCUGAGUCACAUACAACUUAAGUAUGAUACGAACGCGGAUUUUUCAGUCCGGCUUAGGUGAAGUUGGGUUAAAUUUGUAGAUGCGACUUAACACUCAACGGAGAUUUUGCCAUCACGGGAGAAUCUUUAAAAUUUUCGCGUUUAAGUACAUCACAUAACGGACAGUUAUUGCUGCGGAGCGACCGAAGGGAGCGAGCAGCAACAUAAUCAGGAUUUAAAGGAAAUAUAUAAGGGGAGACGAAUUCUCGAAUUCAUCACUUUUUACCACAAUGCAUUGCAUUUAACCAGAGUGCAUUGCGCCACUAACAACUCAAAUAAAAACACGGGGAAGGUCGGUGGGUGAGAGAGUGCAUCGUUCGCUGCUCAGACUUAGAGUUUUCUUUGUGACAAAUUUUCUACAGCACGGUUAGAGGUCUCACCAAAUUUUAAGACACGCAGGAGUCUUUCAGAUGAAUACGAUGGUUAACUUGGGGAUUGGAUUUCAAUUCAAGAGCCUUUGACUCGUCCAGGUGUUAAACCGUGACGAGAAGAUGAGCAUUUGCUCUUCGACUCCGCAACACGGGGGAUAUACAAAUUCCAGCUGGCUAGAAGGUGAUGUGAAAGUGAGAAAAUGUCAUGCAAUGCUAUUCUUAAGAAACUGUGAUUUGGACCAUUCGCUUCAAAAUAACAGCGGAAAUCGAGAUAACGAAACAUAUGUUUUGUGUCCUACUUUGCAGACGAGGACGUGUAUCGGCGUUUUGAAAAGCAUAAUUAUGUUCUUUCAUUCAUUCAUUGCCUUGGAAUAUGCGUUUACAUUGUAUAUUCACUGUUAAUAGCUCGGUUAAUGCGGCUGACGAUCAUCUUGCCGGCGGAAGUUUCAUGGAAAAGGAAUAAAAUGAAAGACUUUUCCUAACGACUUUGUAGUCAGCGUCUGUGGUGUAGUGGUUAGCUGUAGUCGCGUCGAGUCGAAGGUGCCGGGUUCGAGUCCUAUCGACUUAGUUAUUCCUAUUUUCUUUUUUUUCCGUUUUUUGUGUUGUUGUUUUCUAUAAAUAUAUAUCUAAAUAACUGUUACUUAAUAAAGUGCAACAAACAGCAAGAAAAGUAUUGUGUUUCCAGAGAAAAUAUCGUGCACCGUGUGUUAAGUAUAUGGAUAAACAAUCUGAAUUUCUAUUAUUUCCUACAAUUUACUGUGGGAAAACCAGAGUUGAUAACCACUUGAUCAUUUUCUACACAACGUUCCCACGAGUUCUUUCUAUAGACUGAUAUUAAUUAUACAUGUAAAUAGGACAUUCAAUGUCAUUUUCGAUUCUUUUAAUUCUCACUGCUUAACUAAUGCCAGUAUCAACAGAAUGUGCCGCAGCAUUACUAUCUUUUAGAUACCCUAGUCUAAGCAGUAAUUAAACUGCAUUUUCACCGUAAGAACAUCCACUGUUACCCUGGGUACCAGAGGUUUUUCUCGCGUGCGGCGGGAAUUUUCCGUGUUGGCCGAAGGCCGACACGUCUUCGGCCGUAGGCCGAAGCCACGAGCGGCGAAGCCGCCAGAAAAACCUCUGGCACGGAGCAGUGCUUUUUACCGUCCCCGUUGACCUUUGAGCUUUUUUAUCGGAUUACAUUUACGCCAAUCAGACUGAAAGUCUCCGACUGUGAUCAUGUGGGCCGGCACGUGAAGAAAUGUCCAAAGACCCACAUUAUCCUUAGAAAGACAAGUUCGAGUUUAAAAUUCAUUGCUUUAAGAGCAAUCAUGACUGGGUCAAAUCGAAGUUCUCCAUAAUUGAUGUACCUUCAGUUUAAGCUGCAAUCCAUUCUUCGAGAUUUGGAUCUGAAAAUCACUAUCCGUGAGAAUUUAACAUUCUGCUAAAAACGCUAACGAGCUGGGCCCAGCGUGACAAAACAUUGCAGGAAACCGUCACUUUCACGGACAAAAGAAAAUCGCUUAUAAUAUUCAGAUCCAGGAGGCACUUUGGAGAAAUUAAACAACCUAAAACCCUCAUUUAGCCGCAUUGAAGAGCUUAACAUUUCAAAAGAGGUCAAAGAAAAUGCUCUUGCAUCAGAGGGCAAAUCAUAUGCCGACCAGACACAAUAACCGCAGAAAAUCAAUAUGCGUGUCACGACCUCUCAGUAUGAAACAAUCGGCAAAAAUCAAAUUUGCUCAGUUGAAACGUUUUUCUCCAGAGCAUAAUCUACCCAUCACGGAAAAAAAUUCAUUGGAACAAGCAGCAUUUUGGCAUGAGGUAAAAGUAGUGUGUUGCCUUCUGACCCCUCUUUUGUACUAAGAAUACAUGUUUUGUUUUUAUAUUCCUAAUCCAUCAAUACAAACCAUUUCAAAACAUGUUGUAAUCGUCUGAAAUAGGAAAUGAGUAAAGCUUAAACCUGCUGCAAAAGCUGAAUUGGUGAUAAUAGCUUAAUUGCGUUGAAUAAAAUUAAAUACUCCACUUGUUUGCUCAUAGCUUUUGACUUGUCUACACCGUCAAACCCUUCUAGUACAUUGCUUGUCAUGCUCUUUCAAAACUUUCCAAAGCCGCCACCACAACACUUCUCGCGAGUACAACAACAGCAAAGUUGGAAAUAUUCUUUCACGUGCUGGUUUAUUCUUGUCAACCAAUUGUAGCGUCUGUUAGAUUCAAAGUCCCUCAGGUGGUCGUUAGUAGCCAAUCAGCAGUCUUGUCCAAAAUCUGGACCAACUGAUUUAACCGUGCUAACGAUUGGAUCGGCGCCAUCAAAGCAAUAGCGCCCUGCUCCAGAGGCUUUUCGCGCGGGUCACUAUAAAGACUUGACAGAAACCGGAAACCGCGCUAGAAAAGUCUCUGGCACCCAGGGUAACCCACUGUGCAAAGGAUAUCGAAAUUUGAGUAAUAAAACUAGUGAAAAGUUUCCAAAACAAGCAAAAAUGUUUUUAAUUGUUUGUUUUGUUUUUCUUUUUUCCAAAAAGCUUUACGAGAAAAGCAACCUCUGCAUUAAAUUUUAAUAAACAAUUGGUCAGGAGUUGAAAUAUCAUUCUUGAAUUAUGUUACUCGCCAACGUUCUUUAAAAUCUAUUAAAUCGUCUUUAAAUCGGAAGCUCGAAAAGGCCACACCCUAGUGGUGUUUUCCUGGUCCCCGAGUUUUGAAGAGAAAGCCCAGUAACGUUAGAAUGCUGGCGGAUGCUGGAGGAAAAGGUUUAAACCCCGAGGUACUCCGAUUAAAUGACCAAUACUGGGAGACUCCGCCCGAAAGGGGCACCUUUUGUAGCGUAAGGAUUUCACUAUAGUUAAAGUAUAUGAAAAGGGAGGGAAAUCUGUCACUUCGGACGGUAAUAGAGAGAAACAGGUGCAUUUUCUGUUCUGGUUUUGUAAUUUAUUCAUAGCGGAGUUCUUGCAUGCGCGAAGCGGAGUCCCAUGGGUAAGAGAAUUUGGUUAUCUAUACAUCCAAGAAAUUUUGGUUCUAAGAAAAUCAUCCGUACGUUCGUCUGUAGGUAACUUAACCCUUUCAUGUAAGCCGGGAUGAAAUUUUGCAUUUCAAGCACCUGCCACGCGUUUCGGCAUGGCCACCCGGAUCCUUAGAGAGAAUAAACAACAAACACAACAAAGCCGAUUCUUUCUUUCGACUAAAUUUCAAUGUCUACACUGAUGUGGAUAACAGAGAAAAAGCUAGACUGAGAGAUAAAAAACAAAGGAGACCAAGUUCGUUGGAAGUGAGAAAACUAUGAAAUUUUUAUACCGGCAGUGAGAAAAUGAGAAAUGCUAGCGGCCACCGAGGUGAAAAUAGUCAUCAACGGCAGUGAAAAAAAAAAAAGGGAACAGGAACACAUACGACAAAUGCUCCAUAAAACGCGUUACUAGGAAGUUUCUGGAAGUUUCACGUUGUAGUCGUGCAAAACAACAACAAAGAAACGUACAAAAAAAGAAAUUGUGCUGCACCCGGCAAAGUUGUUUUUUUCCUAAGUAGACCUACUGAUUUUAUUUUGGCCGUUUUGGUUGCCGUCUCCGCUUAGCAUUACACGAUUUUAUUCUUUGUUUGAGUUAACUAUAAAAAUUAACGAGAGCUUUAAACCCAGCACAUUUACGACAGUCAAAAGGGAGAUAAAAUUAACGUUCUAAACUAGAUUUGUGAAAGGGGUACCAUUUUGUCAAUAGAAGGUACAUAAAAAGGGUACCCCUUCUAGCAAAAAUGGUAUUUAAAAGGGUAAAGGGUUGGACAUCGGAAGGAGCCUUUCCGUAUAAAAUUUUGUUGAGUACCCCCGGGGUCUGAACAGUUUUGAAUAAGAAAACGCACUUCAUGCAGGUUUAAUACAAAAAUGGAAUUGGAUUAUAAAUGAGCGCGAGUAAAAUUUUUGCACUGGCCCGUUAAAAUGUCAAGUAAUUCUGGCAACGUUUUCGUGCAACUAGUCGCACAACAUUGUUGCAUUGCAAGUUGAAAAGCGUUGUUGCUCCCAACUUCGCUCCCAACUUGUGACGCAACAAAUUUCAAUGUUGCAAGUUGCGGAAACAGGUCGCACAAAGUAGGCCUGAGUUCAACUUUUUGCUACAAACUUUCAAUUUUAUGUUUUGCGUCACAACUUGCUAUGCUUCACAACACUUGUGAUUGGUCAAUUUUCCGGCACCAAAAGCGCGGGAAAGAUGGUGAGUAAGCGCGCACUUGACCUCAUGUAAAUUUUGGGCAGGAACUAAUUAUAAAUGGCCCGUCAGGACGAGUGCAAUUUGCGGUCUUUGAAAAUUUUACAGGUCCUCUGCAUUUCUUGCAAAUUACAUGAGAAAAAUCAUGUGAUUACUAAUUAGUAUACAUACCGUUAUUGCAGUGCAAUAAAGUCAGUCAAAUUCUCUCUUAAUUAUAUCAAUUUCUGUUUCAGGAACCUGCGGACAAAACAACCGACGCAUCACAUUUCUGACACCAGUCGGAGGGUUUUACCUUGAAGGACACGUGUUUUCAAAUCAUUCUGUGGAACUAAACCUAGACUGCCAAGACCAAUGCGCCCUUGCGAGGGAAUGUGUUUCAUAUAAUAUUGGUCCAAAGAUCAACAACAAGAUGGCCUGUGAACUCAGUAAUUCAGAUCACUUGCAGCACCCAGAAGAUCUCAAACCAAGAAUGGACUGGAUCUACAGAGGGACAAAGGUAUGA